AUGAAUCAUCUUUUACUUCCCAGCGGUCCCCAAGCGCUCCAUAUCGAGAUACCAUAUCUGCUUGGCUCAUAUCCGCCCCUCGAUGAACCAUACGACAACGGAGACUUUGUCUCUUACAUUGAUAGGAGAGUUGGUUGGACCGUGCAAGAUGUGUUGAAACCUAGCAGGAGCAGACAUUCGCAUCGAGAUUUAGCACCACUUCGCUACUUCGCUUCAUCACGACGAACGAGAGCAGGCAACCUGUCGUCACAACGGCGCCGUUCUGGGCCUUUGGCCCGCGAAAGCUUAACGGAUGACGUUUCAAAAGUUGGCUCGGUCCUUCGUGAACACGUUGAACGCUCCGUUGCUCUUGCAGCUGGGAUCAUCGGCGAGAUCCAUGUCGAUUUGGAGACGGUCGACCCGAGCCUGGAAUUGGUGAUGCUCUCAGUCAUGACUCUGUGUGAUACCAUCCAGCUUGUAAUCGAGCCGAGGACCUCGAAGCUUCCCAGCCGACAGUGGCCACUCUCAGACAUUUUGAUCUCGAAUCAAAUGGCUCUAGAUGGGUGGUGUCGAACCGACAUCCAACGUUGGACCAGGCUGCUUGAUCUUCAUAGCCUAUAUUUUGUGAGCCGUUUGCUACCUAGAGAUCCUGGAAAUCAUAGCGAAUGCAAAGAGGCCCGAUGUAACGCAAACGACAUCGCACCUGGCAAAGACCCUCGCUCACAUCACAGCUGUAAUGGCUGUGCCGACCGCGAAGCUAAGCAAAUCGAAAUCUUCGAAGCUCUUGAAAACGGAAAUCUGCCCUUGAUACACCCCGAUCAGGGGCCCGAUUCUGGUAUUAAGCUGACAUGCACUACCGAGGGUAAGGAAUAUCUCGCCAUCUCCCACAUCUGGUCCGAUGGACUGGGCAACCCUAAAAGGAAUGCCGUCUUCGAGUGCCAGCUCCGAUGGAUUCUGGGUCUCAGCCGCCAGUUCUCGCCCACGGGUCUGCCAGUAUGGCUGGACACUAUUUCAUGUCCUGUCGACAUUGAGAACAUGAGUCAGCGAAUGAAAGACGCCUACGACCUGGCAAUUUCGUACAUGCGCAGGACCUAUGCUGAGGCUAGUGUCGUCCUCGUCCUUGACCACUCCUUGACCAAGGUGGCCAGUCAAGACCUGACUGAUCUUGAGAUCUUGCUGCGCAUUGCCUCCACUGGUUGGACGAGACGCCUUUGGACAUACCAGGAAGGGGUUCUUGCAAGAAGGUUGUGCUUCCAGUUCGCUGACCGUGCAGUAGAUAUUGAUGAAGUGUACUUACGGUGGCAGCAGAACCCCUGGGCGAUUUACUACCCUGGCGUACGUGGGGUUUAUAAAGAACUUCGACUCCUUCAAGAUUCCACCGAAGACGACUAUACAGCGAAGCUACUGCAUCGAGUACACAAGACGCUCCAAUUCCGCAAGACGUCUGUGCUUUCCGACGAAGCUUUAUGUCUAGCGACUCUAGCAAAUCUGAGCCCUGAAAAGGUGCGGACAGUGUCUCAAAGUAGCGACGAGAUGCGCAUGCAGACGUUCUAUUCCUGCUUACCCCAGCUUUCGCGGCAAUUGAUCUUCUGGAGCGGAGACCAUCUCCCGCACACUGGCUUCCGAUGGGCACCGUCAUCUUUUCUGAAUAACAGCAACAGGUUUUUCGCCAAGUGGGCAGAUGAGCCGUCAGCCUCGUACGAGCCCGGGCGCGACCAAGCUACCCUUACCUCGUCGGGGCUCAGUUUUGAAGGUCCAGGAAUACUCUUGGGCAAAGCGAGAGCCAAUUUGCAGUCGUUUCUUGUCACCGUCGACGAGCAGGUCUGGUAUCACGUCACCUGCCGUGGGUUUGAUGGAGAGCAAAGCCACCCUUUCCGGCUGCAAUGUCCCACAGAUACUGGUCUCUCCGACAUUUCGCUGGCGCUUUUGACACCCGUCCAACUGCAUGAUGACUUCUCCGUUCCAGGAUUUGAAGUGCGGCUUUCGCUCGUAGUGGGCAUAGUCGCGAACGAAGACGACAUCUACUACGCCCAAACGAUCUGUCCUGCAUUUGUUUUCCGGAAGCUUCACAUUGACGCAGAAUUCCCUACGGUCAUGCAGACCUAUCGACUCUUUAAACGUUGCUUGUCAUCCACAGAUGUCCAUGGGCGCAUAGUGCAAGAGACGAUUGACCAUGAGAACGCCUGGCUAUUAGACGAUGAGCAACUGAUUGCACAAUAUGAACAGCGAGGUAGCGCGGCUUUGAAGGAACACAUCCGCGACUAUGAGCCUUGGGAGGAUAGAAGUCGUCGGUGGGCUGGAACGUGCAUGACAGAUGGAUUGCUAUCUCUCGUCCGCGACGAUAUGCACAAUCUGUUUGAGGGCGUCCCGCUUGCUGACACCCAGAAAUGGUGUCUUGACUAA